AUGAGGGCCUCGGUGCUGUUGGCGCUGUCCCAGGUUGUCUUGGGGGCGCUUGCAGCUUCACAGGCCGAACCAGACGCGACGACUCCAAAACUGCAUGCUGGCCUUAAGGAGACUGACGUCCUUGCCAGCUCCACAGUGGAGGUGCAAUCUCGGGCCCUAGUGGUCAGUCCUGGAGAAACUUUCGACGUCACCGCACGCAUCGAUGAAAACCUCUCAAACGGCCCACAACAGCCUCCUGUACUGUUGGGACUCCAGUUUGUGCCAGUCCUUGACGUCGAUGCUGGGAGGAAGUUCACAGGAUCUUCUGAAUUAUUAUGGCAGCCGUUGGAGGGAGACACGGCCAACUGGUCGUUGAAGCUACUUGAUGCCGGGAACUACAGGGCAGUUGUGUUUGCUCAAAUCCCAUGCGGAGUUCACGAGCCGAACGCCGAGUUGUCGGAGGAGUCUUUUGCGCUCCACAACUUCAAGGGUAUUGUGCAACUGGUCGCGGUUGAUAUAAAUGGCGACAGGAGCUAUCCUCUGCCAGUCAUUGGAGGCCAAACGACUGCACCCCUAGUCAACGGAGUAGCUACGUUUUCCCAGCUCCAGUUUCUUCAGGCAGGAACGUACAAGCUCAUUGCUACUGCUGAAGGUGCACAAGCUGCAGAAAGCGCUCCCGUAGUAAUCACUCCUCCAGCUUCUCGGAUCAUCAGAGUAGCCGUGGAAGUACUUCUGGCUAGCGGUAGAAGAGACACACGCUUCGCAGGCCAGUUACAACUUGAACUAGAUAAAGAUACGGCCGAAGAUGGAAUACCGCAAGGCGUUUACAAAACGCAUUGCCGCCUUGGUCUCUGUUUAUGGGACAGUCUUCUCCUCACGGGCCCUCCAGGAAGACACCAGCUGAAAGCCACUGCCGUUGAGCAUACUGCAAGCACGGAAGGCGCACACAGGGUUAUUCGCCCAGCAAUCUCCGCCCCAAUCCUAUUCAAAGAAGUGUCCAUAGUCCAAACUCCAAAUAGAGAGGUGAAAAGUGCCAUUGUGGAGCAAAAAAAACCAGAUAUCCGUACUUCGCUCAGGCUCGUCCAAGCUGUCCCUUCUAUUGUCAGAGUGGGGCAACCGUGGGAUCUGGAGGUGGCUGUGGAGUCUUUUCCUUCGACGCUUGCAGAAAGCGUGCUGUCAAGGGAGCGCUCGCUACGGCAGCGACUAACAGUAGCGAAGCAUUCUGCUUGGGGUGGGUGGAGUAGUUGGACUCAAAGCAUUAACCUCUACGGCAUGCUACACAGAGAGCAGCGCCUCAAGCGCCUCAACUCUCAAAAGAAAAUUUCGCAACUUCAGCACAACGCGAUUGCGGGCCAUACACUUCGUGUCUCCAUAGCUAAAGCGUGGCCGGAGAACUUGAUUUCCCUCACCGGCCAAACAGAAGCCACAACAAACGAACAGGGGCAUGGCAUACUGAGUGGCUUAGCAGUGUGGCUUCAGGAACCAAGAGCCAAUUCUGCUCUCCAGGCACCCUGGGUGGAGCUUAAAGUUGAAUGCGUGACUUGCACCAUAGACAAAGGGCAAUUUCGUUCACUAUUGGAGACUCCUCGGAUCUUCCUUGACGUGUUGUCCGCGGUUGGCGUGUUCAAAGACGUUGCGGCAGCUGCAUCUGCUGUUGCAAAAUGGCGGUCGGCGAGGGAGGUUAUGGAGGAAACAGAUGACCUCUUAGACAGACCUUUCGCUGACGUGCUAAUAAAAGCGCAACAUGGGCAGGGGCUUACUCUCCUGGGUGAUGCCAGCAUCCGCAUCUCUCCCUACGUUUGGCCUCUGCCUGCCUGUUGGCAGUUUGCAGCAGCACCGACGCAUCAACUGGACGUUCAUGGAGCAGAGCAAAGCGUCUCCUUCCAGCUCUUCAGCGCCGACAGUACGUUUAGCAGCAAGGCUGGGGUGCGCUGGAGGGGUAUGGCCGACCCUGAUGGAUCUGUCAGGGUUAUUGUGUUGCCUUCUCGAUCCCUGCUUGGCCCCAAUGGACUUCGCUACAUGCUGCGAAACCCAAGGUCGAGUCAUACUGCGAUACUAAGCUCCCAACAAAUUGGACAGCUAAAGUGGGUACAGCUGCAUUCGGGGCCUCUGAGAGGACGUGCCCGGCUGGUAGUUCCGAAGUCUACGGCAGCUCAAAUUAGCACACCACCGCCGGUUGCUUCAAUGCAUUUGGUUAACAGAGAUGUAGAAGCCUUCCUACAAUGGAAGGCUGUAACGCACGUGGUUGAACUCAUCCCGCCGCAAACAAAGGUUGUACUAGAGCUAGAAGUCGUCGGACCGUCUACCCCGAGCGUGGAUAUGACAGGCCAGUGCGUGGAUACAGAUGCGGGGAACGUCGUCUUGGCCACACCUGCAAAUGAUGUUGCCUUUUUGCAGUCCGGCAGCAAUGCAACGAAGGUGAGGUAUUCACCUUCCGGCGAAACGCCUACAGGAAUGAAGGUCCUCCAGAGUGCAACAUAUGUCCUCCUGGUUUCUCUUGCCAAGCUGGAAAGAAAGAACCUUGCAGCCAAGGCACAUACUCUCCUGUCGGCAGUGGACUCUGCUAUCCAUGUCCUGAGGACGCAAUCUGCACUGAUCCAGCCAAAGCACCAGAAAGAUGCCCCUUUGGAUGGCAACGCAAGGGAGAAGAGCUAUCAUGUACUCCCUGUCCGGCUGGCAAGAUGUGUAACAGCUGGAGCGGAGGUAUAA